UCAAUCUCUGGAUUAAUGCAAGACUUUGACUCCUUGAUCAACUCCAUGAACUUAUGCCCAAUAUGUUUAUUUGCAGAUCUUGUCAACAAAAUUCUUACCCAAAUAAAGCCCAGUAAUGCUAUGCAAGUCUCAUUUCAGGAACCUUUUGAAGAUAUAUCCAAAAACCAGUACCGUCCUUCAAGCGCUUACAACGCCCCAUUCUGGACUACUAAUUCUGGUGCUCCAAUCUACAACAACAAUAGCUCGUUAACAGUUGGCUCUAGAGGUCCAAUCCUUCUUGAGGAUUACCAUUUGGUGGAGAAGCUAGCUAACUUUGAUCGUGAGCGUAUCCCUGAACGUGUUGUCCAUGCCAGGGGUGCUAGUGCUAAGGGGUUCUUCGAGGUCACACAUGACAUUUCUGGACUUACAUGUGCCGAUUUCCUUCGUGCCCCUGGAGUCCAAACUCCUGUUAUUGUUCGUUUCUCUACUGUUAUUCACGAGCGUGGAAGCCCUGAAACUCUCAGGGACCCUAGAGGUUUUGCAGUGAAGUUCUAUACCAGAGAGGGAAACUUUGAUUUGGUGGGAAACAAUUUCCCUGUGUUCUUCAUUCGUGAUGGGAUGAAGUUUCCUGACAUGGUUCAUGCUUUGAAACCCAACCCCAAGUCACACAUCCAAGAAGACUGGAGAAUUCUUGACUUCUUCUCCCACCACCCCGAGAGUCUGCACAUGUUCACCUUCCUCCUAGAUGACAUUGGUAUUCCACAAGAUUACAGACACAUGGAAGGUUCUGGUGUCAACACAUAUACCUUGAUUAACAAAGCUGGCAAAGCAUAUUACGUGAAGUUCCACUGGAAACCUACAUGUGGAGUGAAAAGCUUGUUGGAGGAUGAAGCCAUUAAGGUUGGAGGAGCCAAUCACAGCCAUGCCACACAAGACCUCUAUGAUUCUAUUGCAGCUGGUACCUAUCCGGAAUGGAAGCUUUUUAUCCAGACCAUUGAUCCUGAUCAUGAGGAUAGGUUUGACUUUGACCCUCUUGAUGUGACUAAGACUUGGCCCGAGGACAUCUUGCCAUUGCAGCCAGUGGGUCGUUUGGUUUUGAACAAGAAUAUUGAUAACUUCUUCGCAGAGAAUGAACAGCUCGCAUUCUGCCCUGCAAUUAUUGUCCCUGGAGUUUACUAUUCUGAUGAUAAGCUGCUUCAAACUCGUAUUUUCUCAUAUUCCGAUACUCAGCGGCACCGUCUUGGCCCGAACUAUCUGCAGCUUCCUGCCAAUGCUCCUAAGUGCGCGCAUCACAAUAAUCACCAUGAAGGGUUCAUGAAUUUCAUGCACAGAGAUGAGGAGAUCAAUUACUUCCCUUCAAGACACGAUCCUGCUCGACAUGCUGAACAGUACCCAAUUCCUCCUAUUAGGCUGUCAGGAAAGCGUGAGAAGUGUAUGAUUGAGAAAGAGAACAACUUCAAGCAGCCAGGAGAGAGAUACAGAUCUAUGAGUCCUGACAGACAAGAACGAUUCAUCACCAGAGUUGUCGGUGCUCUGUCUGAUCCACGUGUCACCCAUGAGGUCCGCACAAUAUGGAUUUCAUACUGGUCCCAGGCUGACAAGUCUCUUGGGCAAAAGAUAGCUUCACGCUUGAAUGUGAAGCCCAGUUACUAAAGUGUAAUGUCGGAAGAACAUGUUCGUUACAAAGCCAUUGGGUUGUGGUAUACAAAGUAGUUAGAGAAGUCGUCUAAAGUCGAAUGUUGUCAAAAGUUCAGAAUCUUUUCUUUGAUUGUAUUUUGAAUCACUUUCUUGGUACUUGGUUAUGAUGCUUUUCUAAUAAAUUGAAGUUAAUAAAUAUAAAAUAUCUAUUUUUGGUAUAAA